GCGAAGCACAUAUUGCACAAGCAUUGGGGGCGAGAGCUGUGUCUUGUGUUGUCAUGACUGUUGGUAAGCGAGGUUGGGAAUGAGGAUCAUACGCCCGGCGGUACAGGAUUUGGGGCGGAUAGGGGGCUUUUGACAGUCACUUAGGUAGGAAUAUUGAAGAGAAUAACACUAGCAUUAUGACGAAUAUGCCAUAUUGUCUGUGUAUGCCAGACUUAUAAUAAUAAUUAUUAUUCUAUUGCUAUGAGAUCAGCAGAGUAAGCCACUCGAUGUUGUUCUCUGAAGGAAUAUGGCGGCGCCCAUGACGUCAAGUGCUGAGCAAGUACAAAAGAGGUGUAAACAACCCGACUUGUGUGCUUAAACAGCCCCCUAUCUAUCUAGUAUCUGCAUGUUAUAUCCCUAGUUAAACGCUAUAUCCUCAGUAGGAUGGACGAUUGGCACCGCAAUACCCGCAUGAUGCACUAUCUUGGCGAAUUCCUCGACCUCGACCCGAGCAAGUUCCAUCACAUUGAGGAGUUUGUCUCUCUUAUCGAAGCCAUCCGAGAGGGCUUAAUUCAGAUCGACGAAGAUCUGUAUAUUCCAGAUGACCAGAUUAACCUGUUCUUCCUCUCUAAUCUGCGGUCUCGCGCAGAAUGGCACGACUGGGCGACCGCGAUGAUGCGCGACAAGCGAGUCAAUCGCACCGGCAACAUCUCUGACACUGCUAAGCGAAUGCCGUUCUCGGAAUUAGGCAAGAAAGCAAUCUCCUAUGAGAGCUCGGUUCAACGCAAACCAGCGCCACGAGCCGUGACGUUUGCUCCAGAGCCAGGGACCCAUCAGAACAUCACAGAAGGAAACCCGCAGGCAAAGGUCGAGAUGCCCACACAAGACGAGAUCAAUGCAUUUGUCGUUCGAAGAAUGGAUCCAAAUGGAGGUAGUAGUACGAAGGGAGACCAUCAAGGUAGCAGACAUAGGAAGAAACCGAGUCAGGAGGAAAUCAACGAUUUUGUGAUGCAGCAGAUGCAGCAGGAGCAGCGAAAGAAAGAGCAUAAAAUACCCUGCAAAAGUCUCAGCCAGCCUGAUAUGAGAAGAGCCACCCGGUGUGCUUACUGUGGCGAGCCAAUGCAUCGCUCGAGACUUUGCUGGCGGCGUUGCAGGGCAGCUGCAGAGGAGGUGUAAACAAGACCCUAAGAAAUGCAUAUUUAUUGACAGUU